GGAUUCUGGCAUUACGAUACUGUAUUACGGCUUGAGUAGUGUACAUUCUGAAAUAGAAGCAGUGAGUGUAAUUUUAUAAUGGAGGGUGGUGGAGUACUUACAGCAGAACGCAGUCCAGCACGUGCAAAUCUGCAUGUAGCUUUCACUGAAAAAGGAGAGGUAAAGGAACGUAGAGAGAAAUUUCUGACAGCUAAGUAUGGAUCACAUCAGAUGUCCCUCAUUCGUAAAAGACUUGCAGUUGAAAUGUGGUUAUUUGAUGAGUUAGAAAAAUUAUAUGAAACAGUUAAUGACAGUGGUAAAAAUCGGGAAGUUGAAAUUGACAUAGAUGAACUCCUUGACAUGGAUAGUGAUGAUCAUAGACGAAGAUUUUUGCAAGAACUACUGGUUGAUACAAAGAAAUCUUCACAUGAUGUAAAUAAAUUCAUUAAUGAUUUACUUGAAAAAGCUAAAACACUUUGAAGAACUUUCGCGUUCUUCUUAACACUUACGUGUUUGCAAGGACUUUUUUGAAGCAUUAACAAAUUUGCUCAGAUUUGGAACGAGUC